UUAACUUUUCAUCACUUUGUUUUUGGAGGAAAAAAAGCCAUGAUACCAAGCAUCCUUAAACUCCGUUGGUGGUCCGAUUCUGUGAUGACGUCAUUUUCCGCGAAGCAGUUUGAUUGGACAGUGGUUUAUAAAUUUUCCCACACUGCGCAAAUGAAUGAAACGGAACGUGAAAACAGAUUCGUAGGUAUUAUAAGUCAGCGUAUUACAACUUGCACGUGGAUUUUAGUGAAAUUAUCGGAAACCGGCAGAUCAAAAGUAACUUCAAAGGGUGCCGACAACUGGAAUAUUAUCUGACUGGGACAAUGAUGCUGUUUUGGUUGCGCGUAUAGUGCUUUUUAGGUUCAUUCGGAAACAGAAUCUUCUUAAGUUUAAAUAGUACAUUAAAUUCUCGUAUAAAAGAUUAUGAUUCUUCCAAGUUGAAGAACAGGACAGUUAAAAAUUAAAAUGAAAAUGGCAAACAUUGAUAUAAAAUAAUAAAAAAAAAAAGAAAAGUGUGGACGUGCGGUGAAAAUAUUUGGUGCAAAUUGAGACAUCUUAAAACUGAAAAAAAAAUGUAAACGAUUAACGAUGCCUACAUGUAUCGUAUAUCUAAGGUCCGUAAAAGGAAUAUUAAAAAUUAGAUAUUCAUCUAUUUAAAAGAUUUAUGUUGCUAUAUGACACCAAAAUCGCGGAUAAAUCUAUGAGUGAAUUCAAUUUACGGCGCUUUUAGUGAUACAAAUUAUUUUAGGUAUCAGGUUCUAGUUAGGUAGAUAAUGUUCGGUUUUAAAGAAACAUAUCUUUUCAAAUUCCUUUUAUAUUUUGCGUUGACAUUGCGCGUUUGUGUGUGCGUCCGUGCGAUGACGUGUCCGCCGUGCGAUCGAAUACAUUGCUCACCGAAGAGUGCGUCAAAACUGGAGUGCCGUGGCGGCACGACUACCGGUGUGUGCGGUUGUUGCCCGGUGUGCGCACGGGUCCAGGGAGAACAGUGUGGCGGGUACUAUAAUUAUCUCGGAAAAUGUGAUAAAGGACUUUAUUGUGAACCAGUUUCUAAGCGGAAAAGGGGCCGAGUUCAUAAAAGUAAGGAACCAGAAGGGAUCUGUAAAAAGGUUCCGGUUCAAGUUAAGGACCAGCCUCCGGAACAGCGAAGGUCGUGCCGUCCUAAAUGCAGACCGGAGUUCUGCCGCAAACAUCCGAAAGCCAUAUGUUCAGCUGUAGAUGCAGCUGAAUUUCCACAGCCAUGCCAAUCAAAGUGCCAACAUACGUCGUGUAGCGCCUGCAAAUUUGUAGCGCAGCCAUCUUGCCGGAAGUGUGCACAAGAUGACUUCCGGUGCAUGCGCAAAUUCGGAAGAUGCAUCCGCAAAGAUACGUGCUCUCGUAGAAAGUAUCCAUGUAAAGAAAAAUAUUUUUCGUACUGGGAGAAACAAGAGGGCAAGUUCCAGUGUUUUGUCCCCGAAUGCUAACGACGUACGAUUAACAAGAAUAUUCAUCCAUAUCAGGCACAGUGUGUUUUGUUGUCUUGCUUACUGAAAAUUUUAUCUUUAGAUGAUAACGAUAUUUAGCUAUUUCAUUUUUCGUCAGCGUAUCAUUUGCUAGCCAAAUUGGCUGCGUUACAUAGCACCAGUGUUUUCACGCACGGAUAUAUAAUAAUUACAACAGUGCUUUUUAAAAGAAAAUUUUUCAAGUAAAUUUACGAAGAACAAAUGAUUGAAGACCUCGAAUGUGUUCUGAAAAAAAUCAAAAUCUUUAGAGAAAGAUGCAGUGGGACUUACUGCAGUGACUCGUGAAAAUCAUGCGAAUAAAAACAAUUGGUGCCACGUAAAAAUCACCGUGCAGUACCACGAGAAAAAAAAAACAUGAGAAAAAAAUGUGUUGUGUUACGGAAAAAAACGUGCAUAUACUCGAGAAGAAAAAAACUGAAAGCAAAUUCUCACAAAAAUAACGUACUAAGAACACUGAGAGUAAAAUGUGUAAAAAAAAAAAAAAAGCGUGCAGUAACAAGAGGGACUAUACGAGACAGUUGCGCCGUGUCGUAGUAAAAAGAAGUGCAUUAGUAUAAAUUAUGUUUUUCAAGUGCUGCUUAUGAUACACAGACACACCGGGAUGCCAUAACGAACCAUGCUACGAAUAACUCAAAACACUUGUGUACUAUGUUUAAGUAAGACUUUUUGUAUAUUAAACAGAAUUGCUAACCGACUAUUUGCUAUUUAAUUAACAUCUUAAGAAUUACUGAAGAAUACAUUUUUGAAAUUUAGCAUACCUGUAACGUUAGAACAAAGUGUUCUUGAAAUAACAUCUAAAAGUUAAAAAUACCAAAUUACGCAGACAUAUGAUUUUAUUCGUUUUACUCGUCCCAUUUGUAAAAGUCACAAAUAUACACAUAAAAAGUGUGUUUUCCGAGAAAAGGUGAAUACAAAUUAUAAGGAUAUAGAUAUGUUCAGAAUUACUCGUUAAACUAAAAAGUGGUUAAAUAUUACACCGAUAUAAAAUAUUGUUUCUAGACAGGACACGACAAAAUCGAUUUAUUUGGUUUUGUUAUCAUUUUCUUCCCGCAUUUUGCUAGUUUGUAAUUUCUAGUGUUGUUUUGUAAUUUCUCAAAAGUAUAUGAUGGCAAAGCUUGAUUUUGUUGAAAUUUUCAAACAAUAUAUUGUUCCGAGCAUACCUUAAAUGUUCAAAUAAUUGUUAAGAUGGUGACAAAAUGAAAAGAUGGGUUGGUUGUUUUGUUUACUAUAGUUAUUUUAAAUAAAAAGGGAUGUGCAGUAAAGAUGAUACAUGUGAUUCUUUCAAGCCAAUUUUAUUUAUUUAUUUGUGUCAUUGGGAUAUGGUACACUUUUAUGUUAUUAUAUGUGAUAUAUGAAAAAUGUAUGUAAACACUAUUUUGAUGUUAAAAGUUUUUAUAUCUCGGACAUCCAAGUUACAAAAAGAUAGUUGAUAAUUUGUUAUAACUUGAAACCCAUUAUGAUAUAAAAUAAUGCCAUUUCCUUUCAGUUUAAGGUAAAACUAUUUUUGUACCCUACCAUACUCGUCAAAAUGGAACUGUUUCCAGAGCCACCUGUAAAAUGCCCAUUUGAAGUAAUAAAUCUUUACAUUUCACUUCAUGUACUUAAAGUUACAAAAAAUGUUGACUUAAUGUAAUCACUAUUCAGUCUUUCUAGGGUUUAAAAAACACUUCGAAAUGGUUAUGAUAUACUUUUUUCCAGUGCUGGCAUUGUUUGGACGGAAAGUCCGAAUCAUUUCGGGUAAAAUCAGGCAUAGAGUAAGAUUAUAGACCCACGUAAAAAGACGCUUAAGAAACAUUUGUUUUUUGGGUUUUUUUUCGCUGUUAUAAUACUAACCAGUUUGAAACCCGUCUCAAACUCUUAACAUGUGAUUGGUUGAUUCUGGGGAGAUAUUUGAAAUUAACCAUUCGCAAAACUGGAUAAUGAGACUUAUUUGAAACUAACCAAUCGCAAGACUGGAUAAUGAGACUUAUUUGAAACUAACCAAUCACAAGACUGGAUAAUGAGACUUAUUUGAAACUAACCAAUCACAAGACUGGAUAAUGAGACUUAUUUGAAAUUAACCAAUCACAAGAAUGGAUAAUGAGACUUAUUUGAAAGUAACCAAUCACAAGACUGGAUAAUAUGACUUAUUUGAAAUUAACCAAUCACAAGACUGGAUAAUGAGACUUAUUUGAAAUUAACCAAUCACAAGACUGGAUAAUGAGACUGGUCUCUAAAUCUAGCACUGUAGGAAUCUUGAAUGUACAAUAGGAAGUCUUGACAGGGGCGCAAUAUUUUUUCAUAUUUUUUUUUUCAGUUGUCUUUCAUUUUUUAUUGUUAUUGUUGUUCAGUAUGGGAGACGAUCCAUUUCGACGCAAGGAUGCUACUCGGAGUCGUGGCAGGAAGACAUUUUACGUGGAGAUUUAAAAAUAAUUUUGAAGAAAAGCAUAUUUGCGAAAAUGUUUUAACGCGUAUAUUACAUAUCAUAAAUUCAAAAGUAGUAUGACUGUUUUGCAGCAGGCAUGGUUUUGCACCACAUAUCAGACUUAUGUUCAAGCAAAAAAUGGUUACAUUUUGGUAAACCUAAAUAGUAUUUUUUGUCUUUAACAAUAUACUCCCAUUGUCGUUAUUGACAAAUUGUUACGUCAGCUUUUAAAUGAUUUAAUAUGCCUAAAUUUCAUAUCCGAAAAUAUGAAUAAAAAGAUGAACAUAGUAAAUCUUUUGCAGUGCGACUUUCAUUUUAAGAAAUGUACUGUGCCGCCAAACAAAUGGCGUCUGGACACAGCAGACAGAAAAAUAUGUUACUCAUGAAUUAGUUUACUUGGAAAGUAAACAGACUUGUUUUUAUUACAGACCUGAGAUAAUGAAUGUUUGUUGUUUUGAAUGUUAUGCUACUUUACUGUUUGUUUACACUGAUAAAUAUGUACAUAUUAAUUGUUAAUAUUUAAGUAUAUUUUGCUUGUUUAUCUCUGUACAGUUUAUUUUGUGAUUGUAUCAGUUCGGGUUACGAGUACUAUUGUAUUUAUUUGUUAUAAUUAUUUGUUUAUAGAAAUUUCGUUUUGUCUAGGACCACCUAGAGGUUAUCGUGUACAAAAGGCCCAGGGUAGGGAAAAGAAAAUAUUUUUGAAUAUUGUAUGUUGCAAUCACGUAAAAAAUGCAAAAUUCUAGUAUACUCUUUUUCGCAAAUAUCUCUGAUUCACAGGAAAUAAUUUAGUUCUUGCUGAGAAUAUUGUAUAUAUAAAUGUAGUAAUCAUAAAGGAUAAGCUGUCAGUUGUGCGUAUUUAUUUGAUAUGGGCGUAAAGUCAAGCUGGAUUGAUUAUAACCAUGUUUAAUUUUCAAUUCUAAUAUGACUAACAAUGCUUUAAUCAUCACAACGAUAUUAUGUUGACGUCACGUCAACGUGAUAUUUAGCGCCAUGCACGCAUCAAGAAAUAGCGCUUUCAAAUUUCAUGAAAAUAUUUACCAAAUAACAUGUUUAGAACUAAAUGUCACAUUCAAUUAUUAAAUAAAAUGUCAUUAAUAGAGAAAAUGCGAUACGGUAGUUUUAAGGAUACGCGUUCGUGUAAGAUUUUCUUAUUCAUUUUAAUAAACAUCUGAGAUGUUCAGAUGUUCAGCUCAGCUGACAGGUCAUGCCAAACAAUCAGUAUAAAAUUAACCUUUUUUUCAAUUGAAAGUAAUUAAGAUGUUUUAACGUGCAAUUUCUGUUUGCGGGAUUCCGUACGUCCAUGGGUACCGGAACGUGUAUGCCUUUAGCGUCUAUGAUGUCAAAAUUUUGGAAUAUUUCACGAAGCGUCUCUGUUGUCAAAUUCAGUAGAUUUCAACAAGCGUGCGUGAUGCUAAAAUUCAGAAUUUUUCACUAAGCUACUGUUUUCAGACUUCAAUAUUUUUAAACAAGUUACAGUGGCCAGUGUCAAAAUUCAUAACCUGUGAGGUGUUAAAACAAUUAUAGAACACAGCCGAAUGUAAACAUUAGACUUUUUUGUUCAAAAUCCCUCAUAAAAUUUGAACGCUUUUCUGUAGACGCGUAUAUACAUGUGUAGAGAUUCUGUACACGUACGCAUACACAGGUUUUAAUCCCUGUAUUAGCAAUGUUUGGUUAUCAUUAAGCAUUGCUGUGCAUCUCGGAGUCACUAUGCACAGUUUAAGGUUGCGGCAUAGCUAAAGUACUAAUUUUAAGUAACUUUUUCAUUUAACAUUAAACAAUAGCAUCAUUUUUGAAAAUACAGAAAUGAUAGUAAAUUUACGACAAGCUCAUUACAAAGAAUACACAAAACCGCAAGAAUAUUUGCCGUUAAAGGCAGUAUAAAGUCAUUUCGUUUAUAAAAAUUUUUAUUGUCACUUUUGAAAUAUACGUUUUCAUACCGCAUGUCUGGAUGGGCAUAAUUCAUAUAUUGUGAGGGUGAACAUAAUCAUCUUUAAUUAAAGAUAAAAAGUGACCUUUUUGACAAGAACGAAAAUCUUGAAAAUAUCUUCCGUUUUAUACGUUAUAUAACUGAGCCGCAACAUGAGAAAAACAACAUAGUGGCUUUGCGACCAGCAUGGAUCCAGACCAGACUGCGCAUCCAUGAUGUUCGCUAACGGUUUCUCUAAUUGCAAUAGGCUUUGAAAGCGAACAGCAUGGAUCCUGGCCAGACUGCGCGGAUGCGCAGGCUGGUCUGGAUCCAUGCUGGUCGCAAAUGCACUAUGUUGGUUUUCUCAUGGCGCGGCUCAAUUAUGUUAACCACCGAUCGCAUUAUAAAGAACCAGUUGGUUGUGAGUUUUCAAAUACAUUUUAUCAAGUUUUGAGAGAUAAGUUGCAGUACACGACUGUGUUUCAGAAAAUUAUUUUUCCGUUUAGCAGCUUGGAAUUCAUUUUUUUUCAGUGGUUACUGUAAUAUAAGGAUAUUCAUGUAUCAUAUUUUAAUAAGUCCUAUUGUUUGCAAAAAAACGGACCAUUUCAACGCAAAGACGAUCUAACGAAAACAGUACACUGCAUACCUUGUCAUGGUGGUGUCUUAAUUAAUGGACUAGCUUUCUUAAAACGUUACCUGCCGAACAAGCUUUCUAGUGGUUACUAAAACAACACUGUGGAACGCUUUGUAUGCGCAAUAACUUUAUUGAGUUGCAAACUCUGACCACAGCGUUGCGAAUUCAACAUUUCGCGGACAAAUUAGAGCAAAUUCGCGAAAUAAGGUUCAUGCAAACUUAAAAUGUUUUAUGGUUGAUAGGCAUACAUGUUAUUUAAUACCUAAAUAGAUUGGGAAAUUGUGACGAAAGAAUUUCUAAUUUUAGUCUGUAUAUGGCAUUACCUGGUGAUAAAGUUUUGAGUGCCACAAGAACAUCACCGACGACGGCAGAAAAAUGUUGCUAAUUUUGGUCGUAUUUGUUAACCGAUUGUGAUGAUUGUUAUUUAUGGAGAAUUGUAAAUAAUACCUGUCAUUUUUGUCUUUAUUUAUGAAUAUUUGAACUGAAUCAUUAAAAGAAAUAGAAAAUA